ACAGCGAGUCGAGGAGGAAAUUACUGACAUUUCAAUACUAUAUAUCCUAAAUAUGGCGAAACUCCACUCCGGUUCAAGUACUGAAACUGUUAAAACUUGUAUUUUCUGUCUGAUAGCCCACGAUCAAGACAAAGAAACGGAAGUUAUCAAAGAGAACAGGGAGCUGGUGUGUUUUAGAGACAUUGUCCCUGCUGCUCCUCACCAUUACCUGGUUGUGCCCAAACAGCACAUACAGAGCUGCUUGUCACUGCAAAGCAGACACAUUCACCUCGUUGAAAGGAUGGCUGAAAUGGGGAAAGCUGUACUACACGACCAAGGGAUCACUGAUAUGAAGGACAUACGGUAUGAAGACAGCCUGGGGUUCCACCAACCUCCCUACACUUCAGUUGAUCACCUCCACCUCCAUGUCCUCGCCCCCGCCAGCCAAAUCUACAAGGACAUGGAGUAUAAGUUUAUUCUAAGGUCUAACAGGUUUGUUACUGAACAAUGUCUGCAGAAGCAUCUAAAGGAUAAUGCUCCACCAGUCCAAGAUGCUUUGUGUUUACCACUAUGAGACACUACAGCGAUGACA